GCUUUCGAGCUGCUGCUCUGGUGCUGAACAGCAUGCAGUCCUUUCGGGAGCAAAGUAGUUAUCACGGAAACCAGCAGAGCUACCCGCAGGAAGUGCACGCUUCAUCCCGACUGGAAGAGUUCAGCCCCCGCCAGCAGGCCCAGAUGUUCCAGAGCUUUGGAGGAGGUGCUGGCAGUGGACGUCGUGGAGCAGCAGGAGCCUCUACAGCGAUGCCUGGUGAGAGCUCUGGCCAUCAGAGCUACCAAGGUUUCAGAAAAGAAGCAGGAGAGUUUUACUAUAUGGCUGCCAACAAAGAUCCAGUGGUGUCAGGAGGGCAGCAGCCACCUCAGCGCAGGCCUUCUGGACCAGUACAGAGCUAUGGGCCCCCUCAGGGGAGUAGCUUUGGGAGUCAGUAUGGGAGUGAGGGACAUGUGGGCCAGUUUCAAACACAGCAUUCAACCCUUGGGGGUGUAUCCCACUAUCAACAGGAUUAUACUGGUCCUUUUUCUCCAGGGAGUGCCCAGUAUCAGCAGCAGGCUUCUAGCCAGCAGCAGCAGGUGCAGCAGCUGAGACAACAGAUCUAUCAAUCUCAUCAGCCUUUACCCCAGGCUUCCAACCAGUCUGCUUCUAGCACCUCACACUUGCAGCCAAUGCAGCGUCAAUCCACUCUGCCUUCCUCUGCUUCUGGCUACCAGUUACGAGUGGGUCAGUUCAGCCAACACUAUCAACCACCUUCGUCAUCCUCCUCCUCCUCUUUCCCCUCCCCACAGCGUUUUGGCCAGUCAGGACAGAAUUAUGAUGGAAGCUACAACGUGAAUUCUGGGUCGCAGUAUGAAGGCCAUGCUGUAGGUUCCAAUGCACAGGCAUAUGGGACCCAGUCAAACUACAGCUUUCAGACUCAACCGAUGAAAAGCUUUGAGCAGUCUAAGUUGCCCCAGAGUGGGCAGCAGGGGCAGCAGCAACAGCACCCACCUCAGCAUGUAAUGCAGUAUUCAAACACUGCCACCAAGCUCUCUCUCCAAAGUCAAGUGGGACAGUACAGCCAGACCGAGGUUCCUGUAAGGUCACCGAUGCAAUUCCACCAGAACUUCAGUCCAAUCUCUAAUCCGUCUCCUGCUGCAUCUGUGGUUCAGUCUCCAAGCUGCAGCUCUACCCCUUCUCCACUCAUGCCAGGUGGAGAGAAUCUCCAGUGUGGGCAAGGUAACAUGUCCAUGGGUUCUAGAAACCGAAUCCUGCAGAUGAUGCCUCAGCUUAGUCCUACACCAUCUAUGAUGCCAAGCCCCAAUGCUCAUGCAGGUGGAUUCAAGGGGUUUGGGCUGGAAGGACUUCAGGAAAAAAGGCUGACAGAUCCAGGGCUGAGCAGCCUGAGUGCUCUAAGUUCUCAAGUGGCCAAUCUGCCCAACACAGUCCAGCACAUGUUGCUCUCGGAUGCCUUGGCGCCUCAGAAAAAAAGUUCAAAAAGAUCAUCCUCUUCAAAGAAGGCUGACAGCUGCACCAACUCAGAAGGUUCCUCCCAGGCCGAGGAACAACUCAAGUCUCCCAUGGCAGAGUCCCUUGAUGGUGGCUGUUCCAGUAGUUCAGAGGAUCAUGGGGAAAGGGUGAGACAGCUGAGUGGCCAGAGCACCAGCUCAGACACCACUUACAAAGGGGGUAAUUUAGAGAGACCCAACUCCUCACCAGCACAAGGGUCUCAGAACGAGCCGUCAAAGCUCAGCAGCAGCCCGGCAGCUAGGGAAGAUGUGGCCUCCCCUGAUGCCAAGGAAGCUGUGGUGGCUGUGGAAAAUGCCCCAAAAGUGAAUGAAAAGGCAGUUGGGGUGAUUGUCUCCCGGGAAGCCAUGACAGGAAGAGUAGAAAAGUCAGGUGGACAAGAUAAACCUGCACAAGAUGAUGCUUCCACAGCCACUCAGGCACCAGCUAGCGCUAGUGGAGCAAAGGAAACUGGGCAUGCAGGGACACAGCCAGAAACUCAAGGAGGAAGUAAAGGGAGCAAAGGUGGAGAUAACACUAACCAUAAUGGAGAGGGGAACAGCCAGUCUGGUCAUGCAGUUGUUGGGCCAAAUUUUCCUGCAAGAACAGAACCUUCCAAGUCUCCUGGCAGUCUAAGGUACAGCUACAAGGAUAACAUAGCAGCUGGUAUACAGAGAAAUAUUGGUGGCUUUCCACAGUAUCCUUCUGGUCAAGAAAAGGGGGAUUUUCCAGGGCACAGUGAGCGCAAAGGCCGGAAUGAGAAGUUUCCCAGCCUCCUACAGGAGGUUUUACAGGGGUACCACCAUCACCCGGACAGAAGGUAUUCUAGGAAUGCACAGGAGCAUUCUGGGAUGGCUGGGAGUUUGGAGGGAGCCAUGAGGCCCAAUGUUUUAAUUAGUCAAACCAAUGAAUUGACCAACAGAGGCCUCUUAAACAAAAGCAUGGGGUCUCUCCUGGAAGGCCCUCACUGGGGUCCCUGGGAUAGGAAGUCUAGCAGUGCAGCUCCAGACAUGAAACAGAUAAAUUUAGCUGAGUACCCUAUUGCUAGAAAGUUUGAUGUGGAGUCUCAGUCUUCUGCCCAUGAAGGGGGAGCACUCUCAGAGAGGAGAUCAGUGAUCUGUGACAUAUCUCCAUUAAGGCAACUUGUAAGAGAUCCUGGCCCUCACCCCAUGGGGCACAUGGGUCCCGAGGCCAGAAGCGGAAGGAGUGAACGUCUUGCCCCUGGCUUGAGCCAGUCAGUAAUACUCCCUGGUGGUUUGGUAUCCAUGGAAACAAAGAUGAAAGCUCACAGUGGGCAAAUAAAAGAAGAAGAUUUUGAGCAGUCAAAGAGCUCAGCUAGUCUCAAUAACAAAAAAACAGGAGACCAUUGUCACCCUGCUGGCAUCAAGCAUGAAUCUUUCCGAGGCAAUGCCAGCCCUGGAGCCGCGGUCUCCGAUGCUGCUCCAGACUACAUUCCCCAGCAGGACAGCAGAUCGACACAGAUGAGACGAGCACCUGGCAGAACUGGAAGCAGCAGGGGUAAAUCACCCUCUCAAUAUCACGAUCUUGCUGAUAAGCUGAAAAUGUCACCAGGCAGAAGCAGAGGCCCGGGGACAGAUCUGCAUCAUAUGAACCCACACAUGACACUAUCUGAAAGAGUUAGCAGGGGUUCCUUGCAUUCUGUUUACUCUCAGAAUUCGGAAGGCCCAUCUUUGGCUUCAGCAUAUCACACAAAUGCUAGGCCUCAUGCUUUUGGUGACCCUAACCAGAGUUUGAAUUCCCAGUAUCAUUACAAGAGGCAGUUGUACCAGCAACAGCAAGAAGAGUACAAAGAUUGGGCAAGCAGCACUGCUCAGGGUGUGAUUGCUGCGGCUCAGCACAGGCAGGAAGGAGCGAGGAAGAGCCCAAGACAACAGCAGUUUAUGGAACGAGUAAGGAGUCCCUUAAAGAAUGACAAGGAUGGAAUGAUGUACCUCCAGGGUGGCUCUUACCACGAUACUGGAAGCCAGGAAGCUGGGCGCUGUGUUAUGGGGAGUGACAGUACUCAGAGCAAGUGCACCGAACUGAAACACGGCAACCAGAAGUUGCAGCAUCAUGAGUCUGGUUGGGACCUCUCUCGGCAAACUUCUCCUGCCAAAAGCAGUGGCCCUCUCGGAGCAGCCAACCAAAAAAGAUUUUGCCCUCAAGAGAGCGAUGGGCAUAGACGAGAGGAAGCUACAGAUUUGCCCAAGCCUAGCAAUGCUAUGCUCAGGCUCCCUGGCCAGGAAGACCAGUCUCCUCAAAAUCCAUUAAUUAUGAGGAGGAGAGUCCGUUCUUUCAUCUCACCUAUUCCUACCAAAAGACAGCCACAUGAUAUGAAGAACAGUGGCAGUGAAGAUAAAGGGCGACUGAUGGCUUCAGCAAAGGAAGGAGCCGAUAAAACUUAUAACUCCUAUGCCCAUUCAUCUCAAAGCCAAGAUGUUGGGAAGUCAGUUACAAAGGGAGAUUCUUUCAAGGACCUGCCAAGUCCUGAUAAUAGGAAUUGUCCUGCUGUUUCCCUCACAAGCCCGGCUAAGACCAAAAUACUGCCCCCAAGGAAGGGGCGAGGAUUAAAACUGGAAGCUAUUGUUCAAAAAAUUACAUCUCCCAAUAUUAGGAGAAGUGUUUCUACCAACAGUGCUGAAACUGGUCCAGAUACUGUCACUCUUGAUGACAUCCUGUCCCUUAAGAGUGGACCUGAAGGAGGAAAUGUGGCUGGACAUGGACCAGAGGCUGAGAAGAGAAAAGGAGAAAUGUCAGAUCAAGUGGGGCCAGCAAACCAGGAUACAACUGGUGAAAAACCUCUUCCAAGAUCUUCAGAAGAGUGGCAAAGCAGUGAGGAUGAUAAAACCAAAAAAGAGGUUUCACUCCCUGAAACUGCCAGUGUUGGUAAAGAAGGAGCAGGAUCCAGUGCAGCACCACCACCUUCUCAGAAGUCAGGUGCUCAGGGAAGGUCUGAUGGAUCUGUAAGUGGAGCUGGAACUCUGACCUUUUCUGACUCAAAAACAAUUUCCCCUUCCAGUGUGUUUAUUUCUGAACCAAAUCCAAAGUCUGAGGAAAAAGAUGGGGAUGUGACAAACAUUUCACCCAAGCCAGAUGGUUUCCCUCCAAAGGGGUAUUUCCCCUCUGGAAAGAAAAAGGGGAGGCCAAUUGGGAGCGUGAACAAGCAAAAGAAGCAACAGCAGCAGCAACAGCAGCAACUGCCACCACCCCCACCACCUCCACCAGUGCCAUCCCAGCCGGCAGAAGGGGCAGGUGCUGGUGAGCCAAAGCCGAAGAGGCAGAGGAGGGAGAGGCGAAAACCCGCAGCACAGCCACGGAAGCGGAAGCCUAGACGGGCUGCUCCGAUUGUGGAGCCUCAAGAACCAGAGAUCAAGCUUAAAUAUGCUACCCAGUCUGUAGAUAAAACGGACUCCAAGAAUAAGUCCUUUUUCCCUUACAUUCAUGUGGUAAACAAGUGUGAAUUAGGCGCUGUGUGCACAAUCAUAAAUGCAGAGGAAGAGGAGCAGAACAAAUUGGUGAGGGGUCGGAAAGGACAGAGGUCUUCAACACCCCCUCCUAGCAAUGCAGAGAGCAAAGUGCUGCCCACCUCAACUUUCAUGCUGCAAGGCCCUGUAGUAACAGAGUCUUCUGUCUUAGGGCAUCUGGUUUGCUGCCUGUGUGGCAAAUGGGCCAGCUAUCGUAACAUGGGUGACCUCUUUGGUCCUUUCUACCCCCAGGAUUACGCAGCUACCUUGCCCAAGAACCCACCUCCAAAGAGGGCCACAGAAAUGCAGAGCAAGGUCAAGGUACGGCACAAAAGUGCUUCUAAUGGUUCCAAGACAGAUACAGAAGAGGAGGAGGAACAACAACAACAGAAGGAACAAAGAAGCCUCGCUGCUCAUCCCCGCUUUAAGAGGCGGCACCGCUCUGAGGACUGUAGUGGAGCCUCUCGGUCACUUUCAAGGGGAGCUUCUUGUAAAAAAGCAACCACUGACGGUGGCAGUGGUGGUGAAAAGACUCCUUUGGACUCAAAACCCUCUAUGCCCACUUCAGAAGGUGGCACUGAGCUGGAGUUACAAAUUCCUGAACUACCUCUUGACAGCAAUGAAUUUUGGGUCCAUGAGGGUUGUAUUCUCUGGGCCAAUGGGAUCUACCUGGUCUGUGGCAGGCUCUAUGGGCUGCAGGAAGCUGUGGAGAUUGCAAGAGAGAUGAAAUGUUCCCAUUGCCAGGAACCAGGAGCCACCUUAGGCUGCUACAACAAAGGCUGCUCCUUCCGAUACCAUUACCCAUGUGCCAUCGAUGCAGAUUGUUUACUAAACGAAGAGAAUUUCUCAGUGAGGUGCCCCAAGCACAAGGUAAGAAUCCUCUCCUGGAUUAGACCUGUUUUUUUGCUGCCCUCUUCUG